AUGUUCACUCUAAAAGUCCACGCUGACGUGGACGCAAACACCCAGACCAGUACCGGAGCCGCCGUCAGCUCUUACAGUGACGCGGUUCGUCGUUCUAUUAACGGGGCCACGCUUAACGCCAGUAGUAGCACCUCGCCGGCGUCAGAUGCGGAGACGCUGACACCUGGCCAACGGCCAGGCGAACUCGAAGGUGAAAUUCGCGAAGCUGAGGACCCCGGGGCGGGUGACAACGCGCGAGGUGACAAUAACGAGUGCAUCCCGUUCUCGUCCGGCAAUCCCAAGGUGGAAUCGACGCGCGGCGUGAUUCACCUCUACCGGAACACCGCGGAAAGCCCCGGCUCGCUGCAAAACCUGCCGCCCGACAGGGGUGUGGAGCUGUGUGUACUAGCAGUGCCAACGUACAUGACAGGUGCUGACUUCUGCCAGUUCACUGGCGCACUGCUUGGGGCCAUCGAGAGCAUGCGCAUCGUCAGAGCAGGCGCCAUGUCUAUUGCUGAUGUGGUUACCACAUGGGGUGUUGGUGCUAUGGAGCGCUACAUGGUGCUGAUGCGAAUGAAGUCCCAAGAGGCAGCAGAUGGCUUCUUCCGGCAGUUCAACAACAAACCAUUCUCCUCCAUGGAGGUGCGCCUACUCUCCCCCUCGCUCUCCUCCAUGGAGGUGCUGGUGACGGGGUCGCAGGAGGAGGCAGCCACGCCCCCUGCCGGCCUCACGGAGCUGCCCUCCUGCCCCGUCUGCCUUGAGCGGCUGGAUCGGCACAUCAGUGGCGUCCUCACCACCGUGUGCAACCACUCCUUCCACUCCUCCUGCAUCUCCAAGUGGACCGACUCCUCCUGCCCUGUGCGUGCUCCUCCUGCCCUGUGCGUGCUCCUCCUGCCCUGUGCGUGCUCCUCCUGCCCUGUGCGUGCUCUUCCUGCCCUGUGCGUGCUCCUCCUGCCCUGUGCGUGCUCCUCCUGCCCUGUGCGUGCUCCUCCUGCCCUGUGCGUGCUCCUCCUGCCCUGUGCGUGCUCCUCCUGCCCUGUGCGUGCUCCUCCUGCCCUGUGCGUGCUCCUCCUGCCCUGUGCGUGCUCCUCCUGCCCUGUGCGUGCUCCUCCUGCCCUGUGCGUGCUCCUCCUGCCCUGUGCGUGCUCCUCCUGCCCUGUGCGUGCUCCUCCUGCCCUGUGCGUGCUCCUCCUGCCCUGUGCGUGCUCCUCCUGCCCUGUGCGUGCUCCUCCUGCCCUGUACCAAGGGGGCCACGCGGAGUCGCACUUCCGCGCCUCGCAGCACUGCUACUCGCUGGAGGUGGCGUCGCAGCGCGUGUGGGACUAUGUGGGCGACGCCUUCGUGCACCGCCUCGUGCUCUCCAAGACCGACGGCAAACUCGUUGAGCUCCCCGCCCCUGGGGACCUGGGCGCUGGGGGACGGGGCGGAGGGGCAGGGGGAGGCGAAGGGGGAGGGGGAGGAGGUGGGGGAGAUGGGGGAGAUGGGCGUGGGGGAGGGCUGGGCGGGGCGGGUGGUGCUAGGGAGGGGAAUGGUGGAGGGGGGAAAGAGAAAGGGGGGAGUGGCGGAGUGGGGAGUGCGGGGAGAGGGGGAGGGGGGGAGGAGGGGCAGUGUGAAGUGGGGCCCGGGGGCAGCUGCAGCAACCAGCACCAUCGCCACGGGGGAGAUGAGGAAUUCGCCCAGGCAGUCAUGAACAGUAAACUAGAAUCGGUGGCCUAUGAGUACACUCACCUGCUCACCACGCAGUUGGACUCACAACGACUGUACUUUGAGGGGCUGUUAGCAGCAGCCAAGGCCGAGAGGGACGAGGCGGUGGCGGCAGCAGAGGCUGCGAGGGAGAGUGUGAAGGUGCAGAAGCUGCAGUCGCGAUUGGAGCGCGCCGAGCAGGAAAAGGAGUUUCUGAGGCAGGUGAACGACUCGCUGAUCAAGAACCAGAAGCAGUGGCAGGAGCGGUUCAAGCAGCAGGAGGAGAGGGAGAAGGCAGCAGUGGCUGCACGGGAUGACAAGAUCAAAGACCUGGAGGAGCAGGUGCGGGAUCUGAUGGUGUUCAUAGAGGCACAGAAGAUCGUGGAGCGCGAGGGGGGAGCAGGAACAGCAGAGGGCAUCAGGGAGGGCACUGUCGUGGCUGUGGGUGGGACGCCUGGUGGUGGGGAGAAAGGGGCAGGCAGGGCGAGGGGGCGGCAUGGGAAGAGGCGAUGA